AUGGAUGCUUUAAAUAAAGCAAACACAAGCUUUGCUCUCGACUUUUUCAAACAGCAGUGUCAGGAAGAUGGUGACAAGAAUAUUUUGUUCUCCCCUUUAAGUAUUUCAUCUGCCCUGGCUAUGGUUUAUUUGGGAGCCAAAGGUAACACUGCAGAUCAAAUGUCAAAGGUACUUCACUUCAACAAAGUUGAAGGAGCCAAAAACGUCACCACAACCAUAAGAAUGCAAGUCUAUUCCAGAACAGAAGACAGUCUAUCAAAUCGAUGUGCAUGUUUCCAGAAGAAAGAAAUUGGCAAAUCAGAUAAUAUCCAUACUGGAUUUAAAGCACUCAACUUUGAAAUCAAUCAACCUACUGAAAAUUACCUGCUUAAAAGUGUCAACCAGUUAUAUGGAGAAAAAUCACUGCCUUUCAGUAAGGAAUACUUGCAGUUAGCCAAGAAAUAUUACAACGCAGAGCCACAAUCAGUUGACUUUGUGGGAGCAGCAAAUGAAAUCAGAAGAGAGAUCAAUUCCAGUGUUGAACAACAGACUGAAGGAAAAAUCCAAAAUCUUCUGCCUCCUGGAUUCAUAGAUUCACUCACCAGGCUAGUCCUGAUAAAUGCACUCUACUUCAAAGGAAACUGGGCAACAAAGUUUGAAGCUGAAGAUACCAGGCAAAGGCCUUUCAGAAUAAACACGCAUACAACUAAACCAGUGCCCAUGAUGUACCUGAGGGACAAAUUUAACCUAAGCUACGUAGAAUCAGUCCAGGCUGAUGUUCUUGAGCUUCCAUAUGUCAAUAACGACCUCAGCAUGUUUAUCCUGCUACCAAGUGAUGUCACCGGCUUACAAAAGCUGGAAAGAGAAUUGACUUUUGAAAACUUGUCUUCAUGGACCAACCCAGAACUAAUGGAGAAAAUGAAAAUGGAGGUUUAUCUGCCAAGGUUCACAUUGGAAGAGAAAUACGACCUCAAAUCUACUUUGAGCAGGAUGGGGAUACAAGAUGCCUUCACAGAAGGUCAAGCUGAUUUCACAGGAAUGUCAAAGGACGGUGAUCUUUUUUUGUCACAAGUUUUUCACAAGUGUUACCUGGAAGUCAAUGAAGAAGGCACAGAGGCAGCAGCUGCCAGUUCAGCAGCACUGGCAUCACGAAGUCUUGGUGCUACUGUUAUUUUUGUGGCAGAUCACCCUUUCCUCUUCUUUAUCAGGCACAACAAGACCAAGACUAUCCUCUUCUUGGGAAGGUUCUCUUCCCCCUAGAAACUCAACAAUUACGUAACAGGUUAUUGCAACAACAAUAAUGAACAAAAUACAGACCACAAAGCGCAUCUCAAUAGUCUUUGCACAAGUUAACUUUACUGUUGACAAAUCUCUCAAUAUUAGAAGAGAGUACAUAUUAAAAAUAACCAUGAAUUGAUGCCUCUGGCUCA